AUGCGAGCGCAAUCCAUCCUCUUGUCGCUGCUGGCAGCAUCCACUUCAGUCUGGGCUGCCCCUGCGGUAUUCGGACGCCAUGAAGGACACGACCACGGGUCGACGGACGUUGCGCCUCAAGAUGCCGAUGGUACUGUCGUCAUCCCGGUCACCGCAUCUGGCUGGUACCCGAGCUGGUACAAGAAUGUCAUGCCUCCCUCGGAGAUCCCUUGGGAGAAGUACACCGAGCUCACCUUUGCUUUUGCCCUCACCACUCCCGAUACCUCGGCUUUGACCUUGGAAGGCGAAGAAGAGACUUUGAGGGCCUUUGUCCAGGAGGCCAAGGCUAAUAACGUCAAGGCUCUCCUCUCCAUCGGAGGGUGGACCGGUUCCCAAUACUUCUCUCCGGCCGUUGCCUCUGCUGAGAAUCGAACCACCUUUGUCAAGACCAUUACUGACAUGGCUACUGAGUUUGGGCUCGAUGGUAUCGACUUUGACUGGGAAUAUCCCAAUGCUGAAGGCAUCGGCUGCAACCUCCGCACCCCAGAAGACACUGAGAACUUCCUCACCUUCCUUCGAGAGCUCAGGGAGCACCCUGUUGGCGUCAAUUUGAAGCUCACGGCCGCCGCUCACAUCACUCCUCUUAUGGAUGCCACUGGCACCCCAGGUUCCGACAUGUCUGGAUUCGCCGAGGUCUUGGACCAUCUUGCUAUUAUGGCAUACGAUAUCCACGGCAACUGGCUGGACCAAGUCGGCGCCAACGCUCCCCUUCGUGGCUCUUGCCCCGCCAGCCCCCUGGGUUCCGUCGAGGGCUCUGUUGAGGCCUGGACUGCCGCUGGAUUCCCCGCUGAGAAGCUCCUCCUCGGUCUCCCUGCCUACGCUCGCAGCUUCACUGUUGCCAAGGACGAUGUCCUCGACGCUGAUGGCAAUAUCGUCACUUUCAACCCCGCUUUCGACAAGGAGUCCUACCCUCUUGGGGAGGGUGAGGUGGAGGGACAGGUCCUCACUGACAAGUGUGGCCGACCCGAGUUCCCUGCUGGUCUCUUUACUUUUAAUGGGCUGAUUGCUGGUGGCUUGCUUGGUACUGACGGCGAGGCUGCUCCUGGUGUUGUCUAUGGUUUCGAUAACUGCACUGAGACUCCGUUCUUGUACCGCGAGAGUGACAGCCGCAUGGUCUCCUUUGACGAUGCUCGUAGCUUUGCCGCCAAGGGUCGCUUCAUCAACGAGAAGGGUCUCGCUGGGUUCGCUGUGUGGCACAUCUCUGGUGACACUCGCAACAACAUCCUUCUCGACUCUAUCUAUGAGGCUAUGGGCAUUGAGGUUCAAGAUGACUGCGGCUCUGAGGAGGUGGGUGAUGACGCGGGUGCUGAGGAGGGUGAAGAGGAAGGCGAGUGCCCUGAGGUUCCUCCCGUUCCUGAGAACGCUCCACUUCCCUCCGUUUCCUCUUCUGCUUAA